UUUUGCUGAGCUCAGCACUUUUUUGCUUAGUGAUUGAUUUAUAUUCACUUCUAUAAAGAGUAACAACACUCACAAUACCUCACUUGAUAUCUAGUUCUCUGCUCAUUAUAUAUUCAAAAUGGCCGAGGCAGACAGUGAGGGACUGUCAGAGCAUCAAGAAACUUUGAUAGAGGAGGAUGAUGGUGUUGGAGAGACCUCUAACUCACCGUCACCAUCGCCCACCCCUCAGAGGAAAGAGGUGAAGCAUGAUCAGUUGUUCGCUGAGACCACACCCACUGACCUUCCACCUCUACUCCCGGGGGAGCUUGUUACUUUCACUGAGAAAGACAUCACCUACCUUGACCCCUUCCUGGGACCUCAGACUGGAGUACUGCAUAUCACAGACUACAAGAUGUACUUCAAGUCCACUUCUCCCACUGAUGGCAGUGAGGAACCAUACAUCCUCAAUGUGCCUCUGGGUGUCAUCAGCCAUGUGGAGAAAAUUGGACGCUCGAGAAAUAAAAAAGAGAAUGCCUAUGGUCUUGAAAUAUUCUGCAAGGACAUGCGUACUCUAAGGUUCGCCCACAAACAGGAGACCCACGGUCGUCGACUCAUGUACGAGCGACUGCAGCACGUAGCCUUCCCCAUCAGUGAUGGCAAGAACGUGUUUGCCUUCAACUUCACUGAAGAGUUCUCAGACAACGGCUGGCUAGUCUACAAUGCUGAGGCAGAGCUCAAGAGAUUGGGUGUUGGCAAGGAGGAUGUCCCCUGGCGUAUAUCAACAGUGAACCAAGACUUCAAGCUGUGUGAGACCUACCCUCAGUUGAUCGGCGUUCCCUUGGCAACAAGUGACGAGGACCUUAAAGCAGUAGCCUCUUUCAGAAGUAAAGGCCGCAUUCCAGUGCUCUCGUGGCUCCACCCAGUCACACACGCCUCCAUCACACGCUGCAGUCAACCCCUAGUGGGGGCGGCUACUAAGAGAAGCACUGAGGAUGAGACUUACUUUGAUACUAUCUAUAAGGCCAACAACGCUAAGAAGCUGUACAUCAUGGACGCUAGACCCAAGAUCAAUGCAGUGGCUAACCUGACCGUGGGCGGUGGUUGGGAGUACGACACUAACUAUCCAAACACAGAGUUCUCUUUCCUGGACAUCGGGAACAUCCACGUCAUGAGAGAAGGAUUGCGUAAGCUCCAGGACAUCUGUUACCCUGAUGUGGAUGACCAGCGCUGGUUCUCCUCACUGGAGGCAACUCACUGGCUAGACUAUAUCAAGGAUGUACUGGGCGGGGCUGUACGAGUGGCGGAAGUGAUAGAGAAACAGAAGUCCUCUGUCCUGGUCCACUGCUCUGAUGGCUGGGAUAGGACUGCUCAACUCACUGCACUAGCCAUGCUCAUGUUAGACCCUCACUAUCGUACCAUCAGGGGGUUCGAGCUGCUGGUUGAGAAAGAAUGGAUAUCGUUGGGUCACAAGUUUUCACAGCGAAUUGGUCACGGUGAUAAGAACAGCAGUGAUGACCAGAGGGCACCCAUCUUUGUACAGUUCAUGGAUUGUGUGUGGCAGAUGACUGUUCAGUUCCCGUACGCCUUUGAGUUCAACGAACACUUCCUCGUGACCAUCCUCGACCACUUGUACAGUUGCUUGUUUGGAACUUUCCUGUGUAACUGUGAGAAGCCAAGAGUGGAUAAGGGUGUGAGGGAGAAGACCAUCUCCCUGUGGAGCUUCAUCAAUGGACAGGUUGAUAUGUAUCGGAACCCCCUCUACUCAGAGCAGAUCCACCAAACAGUGCUGUUCCCUACAGUGAGCAUACGCAAGCUACAGCUGUGGAAUGGCUACUACCUCCGCUGGAAUCCUCGCAUGAGACCACAGGAGGCGGAGUUUGAGCGAUGCAGACAACUACAAGUCCUUAUUAAACUGCUUCAGGACAAGUGUCAGGAGCUGCAGAAGUCGACCCCCCCGGAGGCUACAGCCGUCGCAUGAGAACAUGAACUGACUCAGUAUUAUAUCUCAUAACUUCUUGUACUUAUGUAUAUAUAAACAGUGUCUUUGUUCUCAGUUAGAGAUUGUAUGUUCUUGAUCCGUGUACCGUCACAUUUGAAACCCACCCACACAUAUGAAUGUAUGGCUAGUACUAUCGAUAAUUUGUCAAAAAUCGAAAUGUUUUUUUCUGA